AAUCUUAUUGUCAAAGUCAAAUAAAUCAACAAACAAUUAGGUGCCGUACGGUACUGAUAAGAGAUUUCAUUGGAAGAUUUUUUGAUUUAAAGAAAGUACUGCUAUAAAUUAUGGCUGAUAUUGUUGAUAACGAAGAAAAUGACCGAGAUACUGUAGAGCCCGAAGAAUUGGAGCAAAUGUUCAGUAAGAAGUAUAAAAUUGUUACGGAACAUGCUGUUUCUCUUCUACACUCGUAUAUACACCGAUUGGACGGAACAAAAUCUCUAAACUUGGCCAUUAGUCUCUCAGACAACUCAAUUGAAAUAUACAAACUUAGUGAUUCGUCACUGCAUCAAGUUUGUCGCUUGCAUGGACACAAGGAGGCAACACUGACACAAGUUGUGUUUAGUCCUAAGGAAGACAAUCUACUGUACUCAACUGGACUUGAUGGACUUGUAAAGCUGUGGGAUAUAAGAGCAGGAGGCUCCUGUGUUUUGGAGUACAAAGAUGAAGAGGAAGAAAUACUGAGGCCAUAUGAAUGCAUGGAUGUAUCCUGUAAUGGCAUAGUGCUGUGUACUGGCAGUCAACUCGUGGACGAUGAUGCUUAUCUGGUCUUUUUCGACCAGAGGAAGCCUAAACCAUUGGGAGGAUAUUGGAACUCUCAUACUGAUGAUGUUACUCAGAUAAAGUUCCACCCGACUCGAAUGGAGAUCCUCGUGUCUGGCUCGCUGGACGGGCUGAUCAACGUGUACAACAUAGUGGAGGAAACGGAAGAGGACGCUCUACUUUACAGCCUCAAUGUUGAGAAUUCCAUCGACACUCUUUCAUGGUUGGAUGGGGAGCACGUGGGCUGCGUCACCCAGUCCAACGACUACCAGCUGUGGAACGCCAUCAGCGGAGACAUCGUCAAGGAAUACGAGAGGGACAAAGUCUCGAGGAGCAUAAAGAGGAGCAAGGAGGACGACUGCUACCUGGUGGACUCGUUCACGUCGGCGGAGGGGCGGCGCGUGCUGCUGGCCGGCUCGCACGCCGGCUCCGGCGACGUGCUCCGCUCCGUGGCAGUAGUGGACAAGAAGCUCCAGCCCUGCUCCAACUUCAAGGACAACAAGCAGGUGGUCCGCAGCUGCUGGUACAGCGCACAGCACGACAUCCUGGUGACGUCAGGCGAGUCUGGGAUACUAUCGGUGUGGGGCGACUGCCAGUCGGAGCCCGAAGCGCCAGAAGUGAGGAAGCUCACGGACUCCCUCAGCAAGCUCCAAGACGGCAGACAUAAGCCCUACUGAAGCAAUCUUAAUCGUUUUGUAAUUAUUUUAUCAACGCCUUUUGUUUUUAUUGUUUUACUUUAAAAUUUGAUCUUCCGUGAGUACGGCUAGAGAAAUGGGCAGGCGAUAAAAUAAGCUAACAGUUAAGUACGUAAACGUAUUUAUAACCAUGACGUCCCGCCACGCCACGCCACGCCCCGCCCCGCCACGCCACGCCCCGCCACGCCCCGCCACGCGGUCGGCAGGAGGCACCGCGGCGGCGACUGUUUGUACAAUAGCGUAGUACUGUGUAAGAUAUCGUCACGUCUGAUUGCGUCAGUAAUACCUUCAGAAAUAAUAUCCUUUAAAUUCGACGCUAUGUGGCGUGCUGUAGCCGCCUGCAGCAAACUGUUCGCGGAUCCGUAUCGUAACAAAACUAUGGUCUGUUCGUUUUUAUUAAAUAAUACUAAUAGUAGUUAUGUCUGUAUGUAGUCAUUAAGUUUAAGUUAGAGUGGUGAAUGUAGUCGCGCGGUAUUGAGCGGCGGUGCCUCCGUGGCCGCACCAGGAGGCGCCCGGCCAUCUCGUACCCGCUAACAUUAAGUGUUUGUGAAUUUGUAUUGUAAACUUAAAGAAUUUGUCAGAUUGUACUUUACCAAUGUUAAGGGUUUACUCUUUAUUGAUCCUGCCGCGUCGUCCCCCCGGCGCAGGACUACUGCGUUGUACUGUGUAACAAGGAAACGACGUGACAUGUCACAUUCCUCCUUCACUUGAUCCAAUAAAUAGUAACUUUCGUAAUAUUAUUGUUUCUGUUUCGGACG